AUGAGUGCGAGAAAGCUACAACAAGAGAUUGACAAAUUAAAUAAAAAAAUUACCGAAGGGUUAUCAUUAUUUGAUGAUAUUAAAGAUAAAAUUGCAAUUGCAGAUGUUCAAUCUCAAAGAGAAAAACUAGAAAAUGAUUUAAAGAAAGAAUUAAAGAAAUUACAAAGAUCAAGAGAUCAACUAAAACAAUGGUUGGGUGAUUCAAGUAUAAAAUUGGAUAAAUCUUUAAUACAAGAAAAUAGAACUAAAAUUGAACAUGCCAUGGAUACAUUUAAAGAAUUGGAAAAGAAUUCGAAGAUAAAACAAUUUUCAAAUGAAGGAUUGGAACUACAACAGCAAACAAAGAAAAGUUCAAAAUACGGAGAUGAUGUUAAAUAUCAAGAAACUGUUGAAUAUAUAUCAAAUGUAAUUGAACAAUUACAAUCACAAAAUGAAGAUUUAGAUCAAGAAUUAGAUUCUUUGAAUGGUCAACUGAAAAAAUCCAAAAGUUCAAAUAUUCAACUGUUAAUAGAUGAUAUAAAGUAUAAAAUUGAUAGGAAUAAUCAACAUAUUGAAAGAUUGGAAGAAAUUUUGGAGCACUUAGAAAAUGAUAGAUUAGAUCCUGCAAAAAUUGAUAAUAUAAGAGAUGAUAUUGAUUAUUAUGUUGAAAUGAAUCAAGAUGAAGAUUACGUUGAAUACGAUGAAUUUUAUGAUCAAUUAGAAUUAGAUGAUAAUGAUGAUGAAGAUUUAGAAGUUGAAGGGUCAUUAGCUCAAAUGGCUACUGAAACAAUUGAAGAACAAGAAAGAAAACAAGAAGAAGAGAAAAAGAAUAGUUUAGCGAACGAUACUAAGGAUGAUUCAAUUGCUGAUUCUUCAUCGAUAUCGAAAACUCAUUCAAAUACUUCACAACCAUCGUCAACAACACAUCCACCGGCUCACUCACCAGAAUCUAUACCUAAUACAACAUCAACUCCAAUUAAAAAGAAACCAUCAAUUGUUCCUGCACCUCCUCCACCACCAAUAACAACUGCAAAUUCAUAUUCAAAUGUCAUAAAAGCAGCUCAACAAGCUGCUGUUGCUCAAACUACUCAUACACCAAUUAGUACCCCACCAGUAAAUAAUAAUACACCAAUAGCAAAAAUACCACCACCUGGUUUUAGUCAAAUUCAUCUACAACAGUCUCAACCUCAACCUCAACCUCAACCUCAACCUCAACCCCAACCUCAACCUCAUCCAAUCUCAACAAAAUCAUCUUCAAAUUCACCAAUAGUAAACUAUGCAAAAUUAGCAGCACAAGAGGAACGACCAGAUCGAAUGCAAUCACAAUCACCAAUGAUUUCAAAUGAAAAUAAAACAUUUGAUGAUACCAUAUCCAGAAUUGUUAAUAUUGCUCAAUCUAGAUUAAAUGAUCCGUUACCAAUGCAAUCAAUAAAUGAUUUAUUAGAAAAUUCAUUAUUAAAUUGUCCAGAUUCUUUUGAUGCUGAAAAACCAAGACAAUAUACCCCAAUUAAUAUCCACCCAUCAUCAAUUGAUUAUCCACAAGAACCAAUGUAUGAAUUGAAUAGUUUAAAUUAUAUGAAAAAAUUUGACAAUGAUACAUUAUUUUUUUGUUUUUAUUAUAGUGAAUCUUAUGACAAUUUAGCAAGAUAUAAUGCAGCUAAAGAAUUAUCAAGUAGAGGUUGGAUAUUGAAUACUGAGUUUAAUCAAUGGUUUAUGAAGGAUAUUAAACCUAAAAAUAGAUCAAUGUCAACUAUUCAAGGGGAAGAAAUGGAUUCAAAAAGUUCAACUCCAGAACCUUCGAUUAAUAAUGAUGAAUUUAUAAAUAAUAAUAAUAAUGUUAACGAAAUUGAUGAUUUACCUACAAAUUAUAAAUAUUUUGAUUACGAAAAGACUUGGCUAACAAGAAGAAAAGAAAAUUAUAAAUUUCCUAAAGAAAUUGGACAAACCUAUCAUUAG